UUUCAUUUCUCGUUGCGAACGGACGUGGCGCGCGGACGUAUUUUCUGUUGCGUUUUACCUCUCGCUCUUCUCAACAAGUCGAAGUCGGGAUAUUAUUUAGCUCAUAGCAUUUCGAACGCAUACGUAUUUUUCAGUUUUAUACAAUAUUAAAUAGAAGCGCAAAAGUGGUGUACAUACAUGCAAUUAUCGAAUGCACAGAAAGUGCUUAAAACAACAAUAAAGUGAUGUUAAACGCAUUUAUAAAUAAAAAUCAACGAAAAAAUCUGAUGCAAAUCGCAUACGUUGAAGUAGUGUAGCUGUUGCGGCAGAACAAAAUCGGUUUAUUUUUCAUUUACAAUUCUUAUCUAAAUGCAACACUGUGAACCAACACCAACAAGAUGCUGUUGAAAAAGAAGCGCUAUAUGUGCGAAGAGCAGGACGACGCUAUUGACAUCGUGGCUGUUGUCGAGGCAAGCAACAACAGAAACACCAACGCGAACAACAACAGCAGCAGUAGUUAUGGAUCCAACAUGGCUGAAACACGCGAAGUCCGAAUUGAAGAGCAAUUAAAAGUGAAAAUUGGUGAAGCAAAAAGCCUGAGCAGUCGCAAUGCGGCAAACACAAGUUGCAGCACGCAGGGGACAAGGGAUGUUUACUGCACCAUUGCGUUGGAUCAGGAGGAGAUAUGCCGGACGCCGAUCAGUGAACGCACCCUGUCGCCAUUCUUUGGCGAGGAGUAUCAGUUCAAAAUUCCGCGUCGCUUUCGCUACCUGACCGUGUAUGUGUGGGAUCGUGAUAUGAAACAGGACAAACCCAUUGGCAAGAUUGCGAUUAAACGCGAGGAGCUGCACAAAUACAAUCACAAGGAUCAUUGGUUCUCGCUGCGACCCGUGGACUCGGAUUCGGAGGUGCAGGGUAUGGCGCACAUCGAGGUGGAGUUCGAGGAGGUGCCACAGGCGAUCAACGAAAGCAUUGAGCUGGGCCAGCACACGAUGACACAUCAGCAGCGGGCGCAGAACAACGACUACAAGGAGAACAACGAACUGAGCAACAUUCAACGAGCUGCUGCCGCUGCCGCAAGUGCCAACUCGGCGGGCAUAACGCUCAAGACGCGUGCGGCUGGACUCUUUGGACACGUGCAUCAUCAGCAUCAGCAGCUGCAACAUCAGCAGCAGCAGCAGCAGAUGCAACAACAACAGCAGCAGCUGGCCACAUCCUCGACUGAUCAGCUGGCCAAUUGGAAGAACACGCAUGGACGUAAUGUGAGAGUGGCGAUCCGUGUGCCCGCCUGUGUUGAUCUCGCCAAGAAGCAGGGCACCUGUGAUCCCUUUGUCAUCUGCACCGCCUACUACAGCAACAAACAGACAAUCACGAAACGCACAAAGCAACGAAAAAAGACAGUUGACCCCGAGUUCGAUGAGGUCAUGUACUUUGAUCUCUCGAUUGAUGCGGAGCCGGGCAGCACGGGCACCACAAACAGCAACAAAUCGGCUGCCUCUCUCGAAUCAUCAGCGAAUAAGGCGUAUGCGAUUUAUCCGCUGGGCGGUGCUGAUCUCUGCGAGAUUGCUGUGACGCUGUGGCACGAUGCACAUGGCGCCAUGGCGGACAAGGUGUUCCUGGGCGAGGUGCGUCUGCCCAUGCUCAACAAGCAGCAGCAGCAGGCGGUGCAGCCAGCUGCCUGGUAUUACCUGCAGCCACGCACCACAUCUCCCAGUUGUCGCUCCCUGAAUGCCACGCCUCGCUCCUGCGCCACGCCCCCGGGCACACGGCUCAGCGUGGACUCGACAAUUGGCUCGUUGCGUCUGAAUCUGAACUACACCGCUGAUCAUGUAUUCCCACUGGCCACCUACGAUGACUUGCUGAACCUGCUACUGGAAUCGGUGGAUCAGCGACCCAUCACCCUGUCCGCUGUCUACAUCCUAGGCGAACUUGUGUCCGGUAAAACGGAGGUGGCACAGCCCCUCGUCCGUCUCUUUACGCAUACGGAACGCAUUGCGCCCAUCAUCAAGGCACUUGCCGAUCAUGAAAUAUCCAAUCUGACUGAUCCAACGACCAUAUUCCGUGGCAACACGCUCGUCUCCAAGAUGAUGGAUGAGGCCAUGCGGCUGUCGGGUCUACACUAUCUGCACCAGACGCUGCGUCCGGUUCUCUCGCAGAUUGUCGCCGAGAAGAAGCCCUGCGAAAUAGAUCCCAGCAAGGUGAAGGAUCGCUCUGCCGUUGACACGAAUCUGCACAAUCUCAAAGAUUAUGUGGAGCGUGUGUUCGAGGCAAUCACCAAGAGUGCCGAGCGUUGUCCCAAGGUCCUCUGUCAGAUUUUUCACGAUCUACGCGAAUGUGCGGGAAAACAUUUUCCACGCAAUCGUGAAGUUCGCUAUUCCGUUGUUUCCGGCUUCAUAUUUCUACGUUUCUUUGCACCCGCCAUACUGGGACCUAAGCUCUUUGAUCUGACCACAGAGCGUCUGGAUGCCCAAACGAAUCGCACGCUGACUCUAAUCUCAAAAACGAUACAAUCGCUCGGAAAUUUGGUCAGCUCGCGAUCCUCGCAGCAACCCUGCAAGGAGGAGUACACCGGGGAGCUGUACAAGAAAUUCUGCACGGAAAAGCAUAUGGAUGCAGUGAAGCAUUUUCUCGAGGUCAUCUCAACGCCCAACGCCUGUGAGACGCCCAGCAGUCCGUUGCCACAAUUGCCACUAGAACCAGUAUUACUAAAGGAGGGCGAGGGCAUGAUGAACAAAGAUCCGACAAGCCGCAAACGCUUUGGACGCCAGUUUAAGCACCGUUACUUUCGCCUGACAACGCACUCGCUAAGCUAUGCCAAGUCGAAGGGCAAACAACCCAUCUGUGAUAUACCGCUCGAGGAAAUCGGAAGUGUCGAGCAAUUGAAAGACAAAAGCUUCAAGAAGCAAAACUGCUUCAAGAUCGUGUACAAAGAUCGCUCUCUUAUUGUACAAACGACGAACUGCGUCGAGGAGCGAGAAUGGUUCGACCUGCUGCACAAGAUCUGCCUGAUGAAUUCCAUCCGCAUGCAAUACUUUCAUCCGUCGGCCUUCAUCAGCGGCUACUACAGCUGCUGCGGUCGGUCCGAUGAGAAUGCGCCCGGUUGCAAGAACGUCUCGGCCAAGGAGAUGGACUACUUUCAAAUGGAUUUGGUUACCGCUCUCGAUCCGGCGUUGGAUCUGCAGCGCAUACACACGCUCAUCAUGUCCAAUAUGAAUCUGCUGGAUGCGCUUCUCGAUCCACUUGCCUAUCAUCAACAUGUCCACGUGCCCCAGCAGCAGCAACAACAACAGCAGCAGCACAAUCCAUUGGUGCCGCUGGCAAGUGCGUUGCAACAACAGUCGCCGCAGGCUUUUGUGGAGUUUAAGAAAACGAUCGAGAAGCUGCGAGAGAAGGCCUAUGCCAUAGACAAGGAUCAUCGCGACUAUAAGCAGGGCAUAACGCGUCAGCUGAAAUAUGGCAGUCGGCAGGCACCGAUCGGCGAUGACAACUACUGGCACAUGAUGCGUGCAGCUGGCCAAUUCAACUUGCAGCAUCAUCACCAGCAGCAGCAGCUGCAACAACAACAGCAGCAGCAUCAGCACUUGCAGCAACAGCUGCAGCCAGUGUUGCCCCAAAUGCAACAUGUGCGUGCACUGCCGGCAACCACCAACAGCAGCAACAUGAAUGUGAACAACUACUUUAUGCACAAUCUACAGCCGCAGCAGCAGCGAUUGCAGCUGCAACAGCAACAUUUACAGCAGCAUCAACAGCAACAGUAUCAACAGCAAUUCCGCAGCCAGCGUCAUAACAACAAUAACAACAACAACUGCGGCAAUGCAUCCUCGUCCAGCCCAUCAUCGACAGCAUCCAGCGUGGUGGUAACUCCACCCAAUGCCACAAACGCCUCGGUGGCAGUGGCAGCAACAACUGCUGUGUUGUCGAAGCCGGCGCCACCGAUUUAUUAGCGGUCAAGACUAUGCGUAUUUGCCAUACCCAGAGCGAUCGUAUUGACGCGGUAAAUGCGCAUAAAACAGCAACUAUUUAACUACUCUACUGCCCCCACACACACUCACCACACACACACAGCUCCCCUCCCCCUCCUCACUCCUCACUCCUCCCCACACACUACAAUGUACUUCGAGACACUUCCAAGCGUGUGCUAAUUUAAAAAAAACUACAUAUUUUUAAUGUACGAUUACAAGAAAACAAGAAAGUUGAAAAGGGAAUGUGUAGAUCUAAGAUUUUUUUAAUUAACAAUUUUUAUACACAUUUAUAUACGGGGUAACAACAAACAAACGUAACAAAACAAGCGAAAUCUAAAUGUUUAAGCCUAUUUAUUAUUUUGUUGUAUUUAUACAAACACACACAAAUUUUCUACUUUUAUUUUUUAAAAGCCGAAAAACUGAUAACUAUUUAAGCCGCUAACAAACUUGCAAACAACUCCAAAAUUGCUAAGAUUUUUUUUAAAACGCCUAGACUCGUAAGUUGUAAUAAGAUCGAUCUAUUAAAAUAUAUAAUUAUAUAUGUGAACAUACGAUUAGUAGUGAAAUGAAACGUUGUACAUAGCGAAAAGAAUGCUUAAGCAUAAAUAUAUAUAUAUAUAUAUAUAUAUAUAUAUACAUAGAAAACUACAUAUACCAGUUAUGCUAGGCGUAGACAAAUUGCAACUAUCUAAAUGUGUAGCUAGAAAUUUAAGCUAUGAUAUAAGCAAAACAACACACACAUACAUAAGAAGCAAAUAAUUCUAACAAAUUGUGAACGCUACUAUUAUACAAAAUCUACAUACAUACAUGCAUACAUAUGUACAUUUACAUAUACAUAUAUACACAUCUAUACAUAUAGUUAUAUAUUUAACUGUCAUACAGCUAAUGUUAUAUACACAUACUUACAUAUAUGUAUUUAAAGCUCUGGCAUACAAAAAAUGAAGCAUUGUUAAGAACAAAUUUACUUCCAUUUUACAUACAACAUACAUACAUAAAUAUUUAUUGAAUGCAUUUAAUUUCUCAUGUUAAAUUUAAAAGGACAAAAAAAAACGAAAAGUGAAAUUGUUAUCGCAAAAUUAUGUUUGUUUUAGCUUAUUAACUUCCACCGAUUUGUUUCCAAAGCUCUUCCAAUAUUAAAUAAUACUUAUGUUUAAUAAUACAUUACACACAUAUUUUUUUUUGUCAAUUUGCCAUAUUUAGUUUUGUUUAUAUAAUUCUCUUUAUUAACGUAUUCAUUGCAUAAAUGUCUUCCUCUUCACAUACCUUGCGUUUUGUUUAUGCAUUCCAAUUUGUUUGUGCAUUUCUUUGUUCUAAUAUUGCAUAAUGUACAUAUACAUACAUACAUAUUACAUAAAAACCAGAGAACAUUUUAUUGUUUCUAAGAAAUUCAUUUGCCGUUCGGUUCAUUUAUAAUUUCGUUUUAAGUACCUUAUUUAAGUAUAAUUUUAUAACGUAUACGUAUUUUAAGUUGUUGGUACAAAGAAUCGAAAAGCAUAUUUUUUAGCGAACAAAAUAAAGCGUAUCGCCAAUGAU